AUGCCCCUCAGCUGUGAACAAUAUGGGUGGGUGCAUGAAUUAUUCUCACCAUUCGGGAAGUUGAUUGACAUAUACUUUGGCGAGAAGAAGGGUAAGAACGGGAAAAAUUUCGGUUUCAUAAGAUUUGUUGAUGUUCCAAACGUGAGGGCACUGGAACAACAACUAAACGGAACGAAGUGCAGGAACAGUAUGCUGGAGAUUAAUGUAGAGAAGCACAAAAGAAAGGAGGCUCAACCUAAACCAAUCCCGGUAAGAAAACCACCACCUACCUUCUCUAAUGCUUCAUACCAUGCCAAAAAUACUAGAGAUGGAAGAUCUUUUGCCGAGGUUGUAAAACACAAAGCAGGAGCAAUGACUACCUCUCAAGCGCCCGACACCUCCGAUUCAAUUGGUUGA